AUGGCAUCCUCCGACUUGACCAUGCUCGUCGACAUGGGCUUCGACCAGGAGCGCGCCGAGCUUGCUCUCAAGAAGUCCGGCUCACUGCAGAACGCGAUCGACUGGCUCGAGAAGAACCAGGACAAGUCUAUCGACGAAAUCAAGGCCGAAGAUGCCGCACCUUCCUCUUCGUCGCCCCCGCCUCCCGGUCCGGGCGAGGAAGCCCAGAGCCUCAGGUGCAAUGACUGCGGCAAGAUGUUCCGCAGCCACGCUCAGGCCGAGUUCCACGCCAGCAAGUCAGGCCACGUCGACUUCGAGGAAUCGACCGAGGAGAUCAAGCCGCUGACGGAGGAGGAGAAGAAGGCGAGGUUGGAGGAGCUCCGUGCAAAGCUCGCCCUGAAGCGUGCGGGACAGUCGGAGCAGGACAAGCUUGACAAGAAAAAGAACGAGGAAAUUCGCCGCAAGGCAACCAAGGAAUCUCAGGACGCCAAGGAGGCCUUGCAGGUCAAGGAACGCAUAAAGGAAGCAGAGAAGAAGCGUCGUGAGAAACAGGACGACAUAGAUGCACGCAAGCGGGUUCAGGCUCAGAUCGAGGCGCAGAAGCUCGAGCGUAGGCGGAAGGCCGAGGCGGAGAAGGCAGCAAGAUUGGGACAAGCCCCUCCCGAAGCUGCGGCACCAGCACCUGCUGCGACCUCAUCUGGACCCACCACCUCGAAGCCCGCGAGCGCAUACACUGAGACGAGAUUGAGGCUUCAGCUUCCCUCUGGCACCGUGCAGAAGACACUACCGGUGGAGACUACCUUAUUCGAACUGGCGCAUCAGCUGGCUCAGGAGAGCGGCAUGACUGUGAACACCUUCACUCAGAACUUCCCAAGGAAGGUUUUCGACCAGACCGACUUCGGUCAGACGCUCAAGGAAGCAGGCAUGGUCCCCAGUGCCGCGCUUAUCGUUAGAUAA